AUGCAUUCGAAAACAACAAUUUUGUUACAGUAAAAGUAAAUUGUCAACUGAUAAAUCGUUAAAUUAAACUCAAAAAGUUUUUUUAAUCAAAUAAUGGCUUCACCAAGAGCAGCUUUUUCUGUUUUACAACACUUGUCUCCCAGGAGGAUACAACAGGUGUCCAGCAUCAGACAAGCUUUGAGUCCGAAAUGUCCCAAGACACCAGUGCGCAAUACUCUGACGGUGGACAGUGUUUUUCAAAAUCAUCCAUCCCCGCGGUUCAACAUCGACACACCAAAUAGAAAAAAAAUAAUCAACGAGGGCUUACUGGGUGGGCAGCAAACCGUGCUUGGGCACGGGGCUUUUGGCACAGUGUAUAAGGCGAGUUAUAAAGGUGAAGAUGUUGCUGCCAAGGUGAUUAAAAGUAACAACAAUACCAAGAAGUGCUCUAAAAACAUGGAAAGGGAAGCUGUGAGUUUGAGACAUUUGAACGUAGUGAAAGUUCUGAUGGUUCACGAGGGUCCAGCUUUGACAUUGAUCACAAUGGAAUUGUGUAGUAAAUCUUUGGAUGACAUGCUCGAGGACCAUUCUAUUGCCAAGGAGAAAAGAAUUUAUAUUUGGGAAUCGAUAGCAGAGGCACUCAAGUACUGUCACAGUAAGGGUGUUGUGCACGCUGAUGUUAAGCCAAAAAAUGUAUUAAUGGGUACGGAUGAUCAGCCUAAAUUGGCUGACUUUGGGAGUGCAGUUAUUGUCCAUGAGUCUGACACUCCGUUAACUUUUCAUGGAACACCAGGGUAUGCUGCCCCAGAAAUCGUACGUGGAAAUCUACCUACUCCCUUGUCUGACAUCUACUCAUUGGGAAUCCUAGCUUGGCAAAUGCUCUCAAGAACUGCACCGUUUGCAGAUUUACACAAACACACUAUUCUUUAUCUCACUGGUAAAGGCACAACACCUCCAGAUAGCGAUCUUGAUGAUGAUUUUAAUGGAAAGUACAAGGAUUUGUACAAAAAGUGUUGGAACAAGAUGCCAGAAAAUAGACCUAGUCUCGAUGUAAUUACUAAGAAAUUAAAAGAAUUAUAA